UUCAAUGUCCAUAAUCAAACAAAAUUACCCAACAGUUAGGCGAGCCAACCUGUUGUUGUGAUAGGAAGUUGCAUCCAAGAGGAAAUGAUGAAGGAUUGGCACGUUUAAACCCACAUUAUUAUGUUUAAAGGUCGGAGAGUCAAUGUUUAACGGGAGAAGACAGGAAUCAUACGGACCAAUCAUGCUUUCAGAGGUGUAGGGCGGGUGUGCGCGCCGCCGCGGCGCGCUCCGAUAACCGAUAGCGCAGCGCGCUACCAUGAAGCAAUAUGAAGUUCACGCAAAUGAUCCCAAGAAAACACAGAACGGGAGUGUUUCGCUUUACUUCAGUCAGACACUACAGACCGCUUCUGGGCUGUAAACUCUCACUACGCAUUUGAAAAUCGGAGGAUUCGACUCAGCUUGCUGUAUCAAGUCUUUUAAAUGUUGGAACGAACUAAAGACAACAUGAGUGAACUGAGGAGAAACGCUAUCAGGAGAAAGUCAAAGCCGAAAAGGUGCGCAGAGUCCGAGGCGGAGGAAUGCGCGGAAAGCUCAGAUAAAACUGGAACGCCCAGCUGUUUUCCCUCCAAACAGUCUGAUGAUGAGGAAGCUUGUGUUGGAGUGAAGAUCGCUCAGAGCAAAGUUAUUGGCAGCAGCAGCCCCACCGAUCAAGGUCGACAUAGUGAAAGGUUGAGUCGUGGAUCAAGAUUCAGCAAUAAAAGCCACUCGAGAUUAAAUGGAAGAGGGUCAGGCCGUCGGCCAUUGCAUCCCAAACCACAAGUGCCUCCUAAGCCAGCGCACCUUAACAGUCCGGUGACAGAAGUCUCUUUGCCGCUGGGAGCCGGGACGUUACCCGUUAAAUCCGGCAUGGAGGGCGAAGUAAAAGGAGCUAUAGAAAAGGGCCUUGUGUCCAACCUCAUAAGCCGCUUUGAAGUAAACAGUCACACAGACAUCAGGAGGGAGGGCGCUCCUCUCAAACCGGUCAACAGAUCGGCCAACUACAACCCGCCGCAGAAAACCUACCAGAGACCGACGGAGGAGUCCAAGGACCCCGACUCCACCACCAACAGCCCGCGUCAUGCCCUCAAACCCCCAAAUGGGGUUACCGCCCAAAUGAACAAAGACCAGGACAGUAUUCAAGACGCCUCGGUUCCGGACGUGAGGAUAGACGAGCAAGGAUUGCUAAAUGGAGAUGCGAAUGUGGACAGUAUGGAUGGAAACGGUGUAGAUGUGUCUCAUGGUGAUAUAGACAGGAGCCAGGAGGAUGAGAGGAAGACGGCGGAGCAGGAACAUGUUGUGGAAAACAAUGUACCUGAGCAGAAGGAAACAAAUGAACAGAAGCUCUACAAGAUAGCAAAUGAGCUUCUGCAAACAGAGAAGGCGUACGUCGCACGACUCAACUUAUUAGAUAAGGUGUUUUGUGCCAAGCUGAUGGAAGAGGCUAAAAAAGACACGUUCCCCGUGGAUGUAGUGAAAAACAUCUUUUCCAAUAUCUCCUCCAUUAACGCCUUCCACAGUCAGUUCCUCCUGCCCGACCUGGAGAAGCGCAUGGGAGAAUGGACGUCAACGCCUCGCAUCGGGGACAUCCUUCAGAAGCUCACUCCCUUCCUAAAGAUGUAUGCUGAGUAUGUGAGGAACUUCGAUCAUGCCAUGGAGCUGCUGAAGCACUGGAUCGAUCGCUCACCUCAGUUCAAAAGCAUCAUCCUGGAGAUCCAGAGUCAGGAGGCGUGUGGUAGUUUGUCUCUACAGCAUCACAUGCUGGAGCCUGUACAGAGAGUACCACGAUAUGAGAUGCUCCUCAAAGACUAUCUGAAGAAACUUCCUCAGGAUCACACAGACCGACGGGAUGCUGAGAAGUCUUUGGAGAUUAUUUCCACGGCUGCCACCCAUUCCAAUACUGCCAUUAGGAAAACAGAAAAUCUUAAGAAAUUGCUGGAAAUUUAUGAGAUGCUGGGUGAAGAGGAGGACAUUGUGAACGCUUCAAAUGAGUUGAUAAAAGAGGGUCAUAUUUUGAAACUGGCUGCCAGGAACACUUCAGCCAUGGACAGAUAUCUCUUCCUGUUCAACAACAUGCUCCUGUACUGCGUUCCCAAAUUCAGCCUCGUCGGACAGAAGUUCACGGUGCGCACGCGCAUCGGCAUCGAUGGGAUGAAGGUGAUCGAGACGUUCAAUGACGAUUACCCCCAUACGUUUCAGGUUUCUGGCAAGGAACGAACACUGGAGCUGCAGGCCAGCUCUGAACAGGAUAAACUAAGUUGGGUAAAGGCAUUCCAAGAAACGAUACACAUCUUCCAUCAGAAAAAUGAGUCGUUUAAAUCGGCAUCCAAAGAAGUUGAGGAUGUACCGGACAUUCAAAUGUCAGAGCUGGGAAAGCGAGCCCCUCGCUGGAUACGAGACAAUGAGGUGACCAUGUGUAUGAAAUGCCGUGAGCCCUUUAAUGCCAUCACACGCCGGAGACAUCACUGUCGAGCCUGCGGAUAUGUCGUCUGCUGGAAGUGCUCGGACUACAAGGCCCCUUUGGAGUAUGAAGGGAAUAAGAUGAACAAGGUGUGCAAAGACUGUUUCUGUUACCUGACGGGUCACACAGACGGUGAGGAGAAAGAGGGCAAGAAGAAAGGUAUUCUAGAGUUACGGAAGAAAAAACGACAUGCACGAACUGUUGAGGUGGAUUCGGAGACGAUUGAAGCAGCUCAGUUCACAGGCAGCAGUAUCAUGUGCGGUUUCCUGCAGUAUUACGAGAAGAACAAACAGAGGUUCUGGUGUGUCAUUCCACAAAACGAGCCUUUAGUUCUCUACCUGUAUGGAGCGCCUCAGGAUGUCAAAGCCCAAUCCUCCAUUCCUCUGCUCGGCUACAAGGUGGAGGACACGCCCAAACCGGCAGACCCUCCCGCGAGCUUCCGCUUAUCUCAAUCCAAAUCGGUCCAUAGCUUUGCAGCCGAAAGCGAAGAACUGAAACAGCGCUGGCUGAAGGUGAUCCGUAUGGCGGUGACGGGAGAAGAACCGGAGCCCCAUAUGCCCGAAGAGGGGGCCGUCACGGAUGUCAACCAGGAGCACAGCUCUAAUGGCGUCUGAGCGAAAUAAAGCGAGGGAUUUUGCUACAAAAUUCAGACAACAUAGUAAAGCCACGGAUGGGUUCGCCCUGCUCGUCGGUGUAAGCUAAAGGAUUGUCUGGUUGCUUGGGGGUUUAAAGGACAGCAAGCACGAUUGCACUUUGGCUUUGUGGUGCUACCGGGCAUCAGUAAUGGACAUAUUUUCGAAUAAGCAUUAUUAUUUCAGCUGUGCUUUUCCAUGAUGGCCUGUGAUACUACAGACUGCAGCACAAUGUUUAAAGUCUAUGUAAAUAUUAGAUGCAAAUACAUAAUGUAUGUAUAUAGAAUAUUGAGAUAAAGAUCCUGUUAUGUUGACAGUGACCGUAAAGGAAAGAAACAGGACAUGGGGCCAUUGAAAGGCAAGGCUUCAAUCUACUAUAAAGCGUACUAUUAUGUACACAUAUUAGUCUGCAUCCUUCAUAUUACCAGGUCUGGGAAAUCAUCCACUAACCAGCAUCGCCACCUGCUGGUUCAUCGUGCCUCAGAUAAGAUGAAUCAAAUGAGCGAAUCAAAAGAUGCUGUACCUCCAAAUAAGACAUUAAAAAAUGUGAUAAUCUGUUUGAAUAUCCUCAUUCAAACACAUGAUCAAAGCUGGCAUUAUACCCAUAACUCAAUAAUCAGCUAUAGCCCAUAGACUUUUAAUGGAGGUGCUUAAUAUUAUGUUUGGAGAGAGCUGAUCUGACGAUAAACUGUAAAGUAACAGUACAAGCUACGGAUGUGUAUGCGUGUUUUGAGAAAUGUGUGUUUCUGUGAUAGACUUUUUUGCUGUUAAUAAGAUUAGAAGGUAUGAGGUUAAUAAGAUUUUUGUUUUUGUAAUAUUUCCCGGUGGGUUGCACAAUCAGCUUCAACAGCCCACUGGGGCGGAGAGAAAUGUAUAUGUUCUUAAAUACUGUAAUUAUAAUUUUAUUUAAUAAUUUAUAGAGGAUAUGCAUGAUUUUACGUAGCACCGAAAGAUUUUCAUUCCCUCAGUUGUUUAAUACAUUUAUUCAGCUCUGAAUAUUAAAACAAUCUAAUAAUUCAUAA